AUGCUCUCUUGCUCAGGAUGUACCCGAAGAUUUGCAUCCCAGUCUGCGCUGAACCAACAUUGCUUAGCAAAAUGGCACGGUACGAUAUGCAUUCCUUGUCGUCGUGGAUUUGGAAGCCAGAUGGCGUUGGACAGUCAUCUCCGUCAUUCCUCGAGUCAUCCAGACUGGACGCCUGCAACUUUGUCCGUUGGUAGCCAAAUGAGCCCCAACGAGCUCAAUCAUAUCGACGCGAGAGUAGAUUACGCUAGUCUCCCUGCCUUGAGCCCUAAUCUGGUUAACGAAGAUGCGGGGCUAGUUUGCAAGCGCUGUAAUCUCGCGUUCCCCGAUAUCACCACUCUCAACGAUCACCUCACAAAUACCGUUUACCACCACUGGUGCUUCAUUUGUUCUCGUGAUUUUCAUUCGUCAACGGCGUUUGCCCAACACAACGUCUCCCUUGCCCAUAAAGAUCGCGACAUGAAGUGUCCAUUUUGCGAGGAACUAUUCAAGAGCCCAUCGGGGGUGGCGUUCCACAUCGAAAGCGGUUGUCACGGCGUAAACCGCCGCCAAGUCACGGCCGCCAUCCACUCCCUCAGGAUCAUCCCAACCAUCUCCGUCUCUCAUCGCAUCGAAGGGCCAUCCAUUCAAACUGAGCCGGUAGACACUACUAUCACGACUCUCAUUGCCACCGAAGACUCCUUCGACGUCCUCACAUCGUCAUACGUGUGCCUAUUCUGCGCUCACCACUUCACAUCCCUCCGUGCGCUUAACAGGCAUCUCAACUCCCCAGCACACGACGACAAGGAGUUCAAGUGCCCCAAGGCAAAAUGUGGGAGGGAGUUUAAACUCAUCUCGGGCUUUGUACAACAUAUAGAGAGUGGUGCUUGUGGAGCGUCGAAGAUGAAGGGGGUAGAACAGUACUACGAAGACUUGACGGCUGCGUUUACGAGGGCGCUCACUAUGUGA